CAGCAUGAAGGACAGCAAUGGCAGCAGCAGCGGCAGCAACCACAACAACAACAACAACAACAACAGCGGCAGCGGCAGCAACAACAACAGCCCCACAGCGUUAGGCGUUGGCGGCUCUGCAGCGGCAGCCACGCCCACAGCGGCCCAGCAGACAGCAGCAGCAGCAGCAGCAGUUGCGGCACAACAAGCGCUGCCACAUCAGCAGCAGCAAUCGGCAGGCACCCACCAGCAGCAACAGCAGCAACAGCAGCAGCAGCAGCAGCAGCAGCAGCUGACGCCGCGCAAGAGCAACAUUCACGAGCUGCGUAAUCAGGACUAUGUUAGCCGCCUAAUGGCUGCCACGCCCCCAUAUUUAUACUCGGCACCGGUGGGGCCGAACAAUUACUUCUUCAGCGACAUGCUGCGCUCGCUGGUGCAGACGCGCAACAAUGAAACCGCGCGCGUGUUGCAGCUGCAACAGCAGCAACAACAGCAGCAGCAACAACAGCAACAACAGCAGCAACAGCAGCAGCAGGCGGCGCUGGUGCGACGCUCCCGCAAGCGCUCCUGGUCGCACAGGCCCUACUACGAGCAGCUGCGCGAGCGACGCGACGCCGAGGAGAAGCAACAUCAACAUCAACAGCAGCAGCAGCAACAUCAGCAGCAGCAACAGCAACAGCAGCAACAGCAACAGCAGCAGCACGCGAGCACCGCAGCAACAGUUGCCGAGAAGCCGCUGGAGCUGACCAAUAAGACGUCGGCCACGCCCACCCCGUACACGUACGCCCAGCUGGAGGCAAAGCCGCCGACAAAAGUGACACUGGGCGGCGGCUCCGUGGACAGCCAAUUGCAGGAUAAUGCGCCGCCGGCGGCAUCGCUGCCGCCACAGGAUCUUGUGCUGCCGCCGCCGCCGCCCGUCUGGUAUCCGCCGCUGUACGCGCCCUAUGGCAUCGAUCCGCUGCACUUCUUCAUCGAUCUGCGCGUCUCGGGCCACAUCUACGAUCGCAAAAAGGAGAACGUCUCGCCGCUGUCCAACAGCAACAGCAGCAGCGCUGCCGGCGCCGGCGCCGGCGCCCUGCUAGCUGCAGAGGAGACGGGCCUGGCCAGCAGCAGCAACAACAACAACAACAGCAGCAGCAAUCUGCUGAGCAAGCAGCGUCACGGCUCCGCCUUCACCGUGCCCAUACCGAAGUCGGCGCAGAACGAUGCCAUCAAUUUGUGCGCCAACGGCAGCAGCGCUGCGAUCGGCGGCAGCGCUGCCGGGCCUGGCCUGGCCGGCGGCGUGGCUGGUUUGGGCAAGUUCGAGCACUAUGCCAAAUACUAUGAUCUGGGCGAGAGCAAGGAGAAUCAGCCGGCGGCCAGUACGGCGGCGGCAGCGGCUGCCGCGGCCGCUGCUGCUGCCAAUUUGUCCAAGUCCGGCGCCAGCUAUAUGCUGCAGCAUCUGCCACGCCUCUAUAGUCAAUUCGCAGCACAACAGGAGGCGGCGGCAGCAGCAGCAGCAGCAGCAGCGGUGGCAGCGAGCCACGUCGAUCUGGAUACCAAAUCGGAAUCGGCAUCGGCGUGCGCGGAUCUCUGUGACGAGGACUCGCUGGGCCGCGGCUCCAGCGACAUGGCCGGCGCACUCCACGAGACGGGCAGCCUGCAGCACGAGCGCGACAUCGAUGUGGAAAUCAUCGAUUCCAUCAAGUAUCGCACCGAUGGCGAGAGCAGCCGCUGCUCCAGCAACGACGAGGCCUCCGUUACCCAGAUCGACUAGGCCCUACCACAUCAUCGUGUUAACGAACAAUGUUUAAUAUAAAUUGCUUAUAAAUAUAAAAAAUAUAUAGCUCAA